AUGACAGACUUUCCAACGAAAUCUCAAGAAUAUCCGGCAUCCAUCGCGAGAAAGAUGCUGGACAAUCUGUCUAUGUACUUUUUACCUUUUCCUGCCGGGUCUCUAGCGAUGGAUGUCUCUAGGGACAUCACCCGCCACAGAUGCUUCAUCGAGGGCGCUUUACCUGCACUCUGCGCAUUGAACACUAUGGAAUUUUCUGAUGUAGGGUCGUUUGAAGACGAGAUAGAUGUCUUCGACGAAUCUGAUGACGGAUUCGUCAAGAAGAAAGUGCCUCAGAAAAUGCGCAAGCGUAAUCGCCCGAAAGCUCAUUCUUGCAAAGCUGAAAAAUGCUCUCUCGUUCUCCGUAAGUUCUACUUCUCGCUUCUGCGGAGGACGGAAUUGACAGGCGACAUCAAAGCCUUACUCUUUCCAAUCGUGAGAGAGUAUGCCAAAUAUGUUGCGCCUGAAGUUUCGUCAACCGAGGAUGUUGAGAGGCCAACAGACCGACUCAAUGCGUACCAAAUGGUGCAGCCUAUGAAGGCUGCGCUUUACUUCGACAACGCGGACGGGUUCGGAGAGUGGCAAAUUCUGAUAUCUACGGAGGCCUACAAACAUUUGCGUGAAUUCCGUAGAGCAGAUAAGAAGACAUUCAAGAUCAUCUUCAAGAAGAUCAAACAACUAUCGAAUGGCCAUUUUUCAGAUGAUAAUCAUAAGCGACUUAACGGGCCGGAUGCAGGCAUACCCAUCUACGAUGCCAAGAUGACAAAGGACCUACAAUUAGUGAGCUUUGGGCGACCGACCUUUUCUAACAGUACCAAAUUGAUUGUGUCCCUGACCAAGAUGGAAAGUCCGAAAGACAAGAUAUACGGCAUUUAUAUGGAUGCUCAGCUUGACGGAAUAUGGGAUGCCUUGGGUAGCCAUCUCGCACGCAAGGGCAGAGAAUAUCGUAGAAGGCGAGGACAUCCUUUCAACUCUUGGUGUACCUUUCGGAACAGGCCAGUCCUAUCUAAAGACAAUGCGAUUCUGCCUGCGUCAUUCCCGCUAGCUGAACCUGAGCCAGAGUGCUCAGGAGGCCCACUUAAUCUUAGUAAUAAGGACAUGGACCACCUUCACUCUUUGCUUGUUUUGGAGAAAUAUGUCACAUUCUCGCAAGCGUUCUUGCAUAGUCUCAUCGCAGACCAAGAUGUACAGCACGUCUUUAUGCUCACUCCUCAAGAACAAAAGAUUGUCGAAUGUACUACGUCAUGUUACGUAUUGGGUCGCAGCGGCACGGGCAAAACCACGACGAUGCUGUUUAAGAUUCUCGGCAUUCAGCGAGCUUGGGAGAUGAGUGCCGUCGACAUGCCGAAGCCACGCCAAAUCUUUGUCACCAAAUCCAGAGUGCUCGCUACGAAAGUAGAAGAGUAUUUCAUGAAGCUUCUAGAAUCUCUGGCGUUAGCAGGCUAUACCCUGGAGGAACUUGCAAAAAUGAAGGCACGAAGUGUUCAGGAGGGCCUUGUUGAUCUCGACGACCUGCCCGAAUCACAGAUGAAUAUACCGAUGAAAUACAGCGAACUUGAGGAUAAGCACUUUCCUCUUUUUCUCACUUUCGAUCGACUGGCGAAAAUGAUCGCGGCAGAUAUCUUGAGCAAGAAAGACAGCGCAGAAGUUUUCUUCAAUGUUGAGGAUGCUGACGCGCAUGACUGUUUCGUCACCUAUGACGUAUUCGCAAAUCAAUACUGGCCUCAUUUUCCACAGAAUCUCAGCAAGAAUCUCAAUCCGUGGUUGGUUUUCAGCGAAUUCAUGGGGAUCGUCAAAGGCUCCGAACACGCACUGACCUGUCCUGAAGGAGUUCUCGAUCGCCCAAACUACCUCCGUCUUCCUCAUCGUUCUAACCCAAAUUUUGCGAAUCAGAGGGGAGUUCUGUACGACAUAUUCGAGCAUUAUACGAAAAUCAAGAGGCAGCGAAGUCAUCAUGAUGUUGCAGACCGCACGCAUGCAAUACUCAAGGUCUUGCGAAGCAAAGAAUUCCCUGGAAAACAGAUCGAUUAUCUGUAUGUCGAUGAAGCACAAGACAACCUUCUGAUCGACGCACUCUUUUUGAGGCAACUAUGCAGGAAUCCAGACGGUUUGUUCUGGGCUGGGGACACCGCACAGACGAUCUCUGCAGGGAGUUCCUUCAGGUUCGAUGACCUGAAAGCGUUUCUCUACCGUGUGGAGCAGCAGCAGCAAAAUAUUUCGGUCAAUUCCGCUGGGGCAUGUCUUCGUCAGCCUGUGAUGUUUCAAUUGGCGAUCAACUACAGAUCGCAUGGUGGUAUCGUCAACUGUGCACGUUCUGUGAUCGAACUCAUUACAAAGUUUUGGCCCAACACAAUUGACACACUUCAACCAGAAACGGGGGUGGUUGACGGGCUGAAGCCUGUGUUUUUUACAGGUUGGGAUAAAGCUACCGUUCAUCAUGAGCAGUUCUUGUUUGGGACGAAGGGUGGUCAUAUUGAGUUCGGAGCCGAGCAAUGCAUUCUUGUGCGUGACGAUGCAGCACGUCAGAGGUUACGCGACCAAGUUGGUGAGGUUGGACUGAUCAUGACGCUUUAUGAGAGCAAAGGCCUGGAAUUCAAUGAUGUGCUUUUGUACAAUUUUUUCGAGGAUUCUACUGUAGAUCUGUCACGAUGGCGCGUAGUUCUCAAUGGGGUAGAUGGUCAAGUAUAUGCACCGAACUUCGACCGAGACGAAGCGCGAUACGCUGGGGUUUGCAGCGAGCUCAAAAUUCUUUAUGUGGGAAUCACACGAGCAAGGAAGAACAUAUGGAUCGUGGACAAAUCUGACAGAUCGGAGCCGAUGCGUAUAUUCUGGACGUCUCGCAAUCAGAUCCAGAAUUGUACCCCCGGCACAGAUGUCCCUCAUCUAGCCGUCUCCUCGACUCCAGAAGAAUGGGCAUCCUUCGGGCGCUCACUAUUCUCGCACAAGCGCUACUCGCAGGCUAUCCACUGCUUCGAACGUGCCAACCUUCGUCGUGAAGUGAAGGUCUGUGAAGCAUAUCAACUGCGAGAAGUCGCACGUUCUAGUGUCGGCGUGGCCUUACUCAGCGACCAAAAAAGAGCUUUUAACGUGGCCGCCGAUGCCUUUACUGAUUGCGCGGCGACCGCGACAGGAAAUCAGAAGCUCCAAUACUAUCGUAACUCAGCGGAUUGCUACAUUCGAGCAGGAGAUGACUUUAAAGCUGCUGAGGCCUAUCUCGGUGCUCAAGAGUUCGAGCAAGCGGCGAAGAGGUAUCGCAAGGUUGGACGGUUUGACAAGACCCUCCAUGUCCUUAAUGACCAUGGCACGGAUAUACCUGAAGAGACCACGGCGGAGUUAUGGACUGUGUGCAGACUGUUUUACUUCAGCAGGACAGCUCGGCCCCCCUUGCCACUCUUCUCGACAUUUGAUGAGGAACUCGAAUUUCUGGAGGACUAUGAUCUCGAUUACGCUCGUGCCUCACUGCUUGAAUCUCACUCGAGGUACUAUGAGGCCGCAGAACUCCACUUGUCGGAGAAUAGGCCCUUGGAAGCUGUCCGAGCAUUCAUUAAGGACGACAGCAAGGACGAUUCUACUACCCGUGCGGCCGAUACUAUAUUGGCAUACUUUUGGCGCAAAUGCUCCUUCGGAAUCACUGCAAAAUCCGUUGUUGAUGAGCCAGAGUCAAUGCAGCAUUUCAUUGCUCUUGCUGAUGAGCUGGAGAUGAACAAACUAACGCCGGCCACGCGUGAUCUACUAUCGAUGUUCCAGAGCAUCUUGCGCGGAAACCAUGAGUCAUUGAGAAAUCUUGCGCUCAACUUCCAUGAACAGCAUAACAAGCCCGCAGCUCUCCUUUGCCUGGACCAUGUAUUCUCUCGAACCAUAGAUAUGCGAGCUUUCACGGUCGAUGAAAUGCGACGGUUCCUUCAACAGUUUCACGCCUAUGCGCGACUGCUCUAUCUGAUUUUGACCUUCCCCGACCCCAUGGAACAUAUGGGCAUCCGGAGACUAUUCUCCAUCGUGCGGCUGUCUGGUGACGAGUUUCUCAUACUAAAUGGAACGUUCCUGCACAACAAAAUUAUGGAGACUCGCCAGAACAUCACUUGGGCAUCGGAAACUCCGUCCGGGUAUACAGCCUCUCGUAGAAACGUCACCAAGUUGCUACAACGAUCUAUCCGAACAAUCUUGAAGGACAAAGUGUCGAGGAUCGAUGCCAAGUGUUGCGAGUCUCCCGUUUUCUCGCAAUGCCUGCAAUUCUUGAUAUCUGGAGUGUGUCAAAGAGAUAAGUGCCCUCAAGAACAUGUUGCAGUAUCGAAAUUGGAUCGCCAGUAUUACAACAACCGCGUUGCCAUCCACAUCUGGCAGAUUCUGAUCUUGCAAUUCAUGUAUUCUGCUCACCCAAAAAUUGACCGACGCAAAAGCAUGAGGGACUGGCUCAAGCAUCUCUACGAGGCUAUCAAUCCACCCUUAUUCAUUCAAGGUUCCCCUGCGGACCUCGACAUGAACCUGAUGCCUCUUCGUCGAGAUGGCAUGAAAGUGGUGAAGCUCUGGAUCUGCGAAUCAUUCUACUCGCUCGACCCAUUCUUUACCCAGGCUGAAUUUUUGACAGCGUUGAUGGGAAUAACCAGUCUAAGUUUUGCUUUUGACAAGGACGAUGCACCUGCCUACAUCUCUCGAGCAAAGUGUACGAUCUCUGGACCGCUAGACCUCGUUCGCAAGGGGGACAAACGCUAUAUGGUUCAUGACCUGCUUAGUUCUUACCAAGGAGCUUCCCUAAGCAGCAUCUCAUCGGGAAUCCUGUACCUUCUGCAUGUUCUAGAUAAUCGUUUAUAUGUCAACCUCUCGGUGUUGUGCGACUGUAUCGAGGACGUCUGCGGUGCUUUUAUAAUCAACUGGCGAAUCGACCCAUACUUCAAUAAGCUUCCCCUUCAUAACGUCGUGCUUCCAUGUAACUGGCUGCUGUUUCCCCACAAAUUCACUACGGAGAAAAAAACCAACCUGCCUUUGAUGGGCGAGCUUCUAGAUGAGAUAGCGAGGCUGGUCGAAGCAUUGCGCGUAGAAGCCGGCAUGGCUGCAGGGUUCUCUGCUUAUCGCUCAUCACAUCAUGUCUCCCCUCUUGAGAAACAGUAAACAAUAUCUUCUUUCUCUGCACAAAAAAACCCCCCCUUCGAAUCGCAUCCAGUAAUUAUUGGAAACUCGUGGAUGACGUGGUCAAGUGCAUACACCCCUGCCAGAUGUAGCCACUUCCAGACGGUUAUCUGCGAGCUCUCCUGGCUUUCGACGACAAUAAAGGAGGAAACCUGGUGCUCUUGUCCACAAAAAAUGAACCAAUAUACCCGAGUCAAU